UACGUUUGCAGACAUUAGAUUAUGGAAGUGGGAUUUUGGUCAUACUGAAGGUGUUUUACCGGUAGCUCCUCUCUACCCAAAUUUAGUGAUGAAACUGAUCAUUGGGGUUUCGUUGAUGUAUCUCUCACUAAUUGCUUUCCCUACCACCCAAUCUCUAAAUUCAACCUACACAACAACAUGCCCCAUGGAUCUCAGUUAUGUCCUUAGAAUCCCCUUCAAAUCUUCAUCAUGCAAAAACUUCCAAGCUCCUCCCAAAAACCCCGAAACCGACAUCACCACAAUCCCAUGUUGUCAAACCCUCUUAUCUCUCAUUGCAAUAGGCCUUGCCCAACACCUAAAAGACACUUCUCUUUUCCUACUCCCCGACAUAGCCACUUCAAUUACUUGCUUCCAAGAUUUCCAGUCCAAGCUCACCUCUCUCUCCCUCCCUUCCUCUAUUGUGCCUUAUUGUUUUGACCCUAUACUAUAUGUCACCAACCCCAAUGGUUGUGCUCAUAUUGAGUCUUCCCAAGAUUGGGUCUCCAAGCUUAACCAGACUGCUGCACUUGAGUCAUUUGACACUGCUUGUAAGCCAGACCUCACUGAUAAAUCGUACUGCGAUACUUGUCUGGUGUCCGGCUUUAAGGUUCAGGAAAGUUUGAUCAACCUAGAUGGUAACAAUUCUCACUACAGAAGUUGUUGGUAUAUAACACUUCGCUAUGCUGCUGGAUUGCUUACAAUACUUAUUUCAUACCAUGUAUGGAGGAAAAGUUUGGCAAAAGGAAGGAAGCAUAGUCAGACCAUAAUCAGUUUUAAUGAUGGAGAUGAAGAAAAUGAUACAGAAUUACCGCUUUUUAACUUCAGGAGUAUAUUAGUUGCUACAAACAAUUUCUGUGAAGCUAAUAAACUUGGAGAGGGGGGAUUUGGCCCUGUUUAUAAGGGGAUUUUGCCUAGAAAUAAAGAAGUAGCCAUGAAAAGAUUGUCAAAGAAGUCUGGGCAAGGACAUCAAGAAUUCGUUAAUGAGUUAAAGCUUAUAGCCAAGCUCCAACAUACCAAUCUUGUUAGGCUCUUGGGUUGCUGUAGUGAAGAGGAGGAAAUGAUAUUGGUUUAUGAGUAUAUGCCCAAUCGAAGUUUGGACAAAUUUUUGUUUGAUCCAAUGGAAAACAUAAAAUUGGAUUGGGGUAAACGCUUUCGAAUUAUAGAAGGUAUAGCUCAAGGAGUACUUUAUAUCCACAAGCACUCCAGAUUGAAAAUCAUUCACAGAGAUCUCAAAGCAAGCAAUGUCCUAUUGGAUGAAGAAAUGAAACCCAAAAUCUCAGACUUUGGAAUGGCAAAGAUUUUCGAGAAAAAUCAAAUUGAAGCAAAUACAAAAAGGAUUGUUGGAACAUACGGCUACAUGUCACCUGAGUAUGCACGUUUUGGCCAUUUCUCUGAAAAAUCGGAUGUAUUUAGCUUCGGAGUGCUGCUGUUGGAGAUUGUAAGUGGGAAGAGAAAUGCUGCUUUGUAUCGCUUUGAACAUCCACUAACUCUUGCAGGAUGGGCUUGGAAAUUAUGGAAAGAAGGUAGAGGAAUGAAGGUGAUUGAUGCGUCUGUGAGGGAAACAUGCGUGCCUCAUGAAGCUUUAAGGUGUAUCCAUUUAGCAUUUUUGUGCGUUCAAGAAGAUCCAGCUGAUCGACCAACAAUGGCUACUGUAAUUCUCAUGUUGGGCAAUGAAUCCACAUCACUUCCACUCUCCAAAGAACCUGCGUUUACAGCACAUAGUAAUUCCGAUGCUCAUGGUUCCUGUCCAGCAUCUAUCAAUUUUUCCAACAAUGUAAUCACCAUUAGUAUCCCCGAAGGUCGAUAAAGGUUCUAUGUUCUUGUGUGGGACAGCCUUUUGCAAAAUACAACCUGGGUUUCACAGAUAUAUGUACUGAUGUUUUCGAUGGUAUGCUCUUAUUUGACUUUAACUAUUGCAUUGUAAUGGUUUAGGUGCAUUUACAAGCCAAGCUCAAAUAUGUUAAUUUUUUGAUGUCGCAAGCUCAAAUAUAUAAUCAUGAAUGUAUUUAACUCACAGUGGAUUAUCAUA